UAUAGGUGUUGGACUGUGACCAGCUGCCUUCACCCCACCAUCAGGAGGCAUCUAGUUGUCCUGGGUCUGUCUCUGGGUCUGGUGCUGCCCAUGCUGUGAUGCUUCCUUCUGGCCAUCACGCGCAUGCAUCACCCAGAGGUCAGUCUGCUAACACCCCUUCUUGCGUGCGUUCACAGGUUUUGCUGUCGUCUGUAGUUCCAGAGACAACUGUUCAAAAUCCUGUUGUAAAUAAUUUUGAUGAAGAUAAAACAAUUUUACACAACGAUGAUACAAUUUUAGACUCUGUCCUAGGAUCAUUUCAUCAGGGCGAUGGGCGUUUUAAAUAUGGGGGAGUUCAGUGUGCAGCUAUUACUGUUGUUGCUUUAACAAAGCACAAACAGAAGAGUGUUUUCUCUUGGGAUUUUGCCGUGUUGGAUAACGUUGUUGAGUUAGGAGAUGAGCUGUACACAGAUUUGCGCGACAACAAGAAGAUUAGAGGUGGACAUGAGUUUCUCUCUGUUCCAGACUUGCCAAAGGAAAUUGACAUGGAAGAACAGAGUUUUAAGCUUGUUUACGGGGAUUUCGUUUUAGGAGAUGUAGAUGUAGCUGAAGGCGAGUUAAUAGAUGCUGGUGUGUACACUCCUCUCCUGGAUGGAUUGAAGAAGAUGUGCACACAGCAUGAAACUUGCAUUAUGACAUUAAGUGGCAAUACUUGUGCUAUCAUUUGUGAUAAUGGACGUUAUGCUGUAGUAGAUUCCCAUGCACGCUCCGCAGAUGGCAUGGUAGACCCGACAGGACAGAGUGUAGUUCUGUACUUUGCGAACCUUGAUAAUGUUUUUCAACAUUUUCAGAGAUUUGCUAGUGAACUGGUGGGAUCUCAGAGGUUAUUUGAGAUCACUGGAGUGGAUAUUGUUCAGAUGGACACAUUUAAACAUGUAUCUGAACAAACAGAUGACAUUGACAUAAACCCUGUUAUUUUUGUUAGUGAUGCUAGUACUAAAGAUUUUCAUUUCAGUCCCGUUUCUACAGACGUGUCACAGGCGUUGAGUAAAUGUCUGAAUGUGAAGUCUGCGAUGGUUGAUGAAUCAUCUCCUGUUCCUUCAUGUAGCACAAGUGUGGUUAACGUUGAUGAUGACAACAGUAUUGUAAACAAUUAUACAAUUUUAAGCUCACUUACAGGAUCAUUUAAUCAGAGCGAUGGGCGUUUUAAAUAUGGCGGCGUUCAGUGUGCAGCAAUAAGUCUUGUUGCUUUAACUAAGCACAACAUACAAAGUGUUUUUUCAUGGGAUGUUGCCAUGUUAGACAAUGUUGUUGUUUUGGGCGAUGAGCUGUACACACAUUUACGUGACAGUAAUCUAAUAAGUGCUGGGAAUGUGUUUCUUUCUGUUCCAGAAUUGCCAAAGGAAAUCGUCAUGGGCAAACAGACUUUUAAGUUGAAUUAUGGCGAUUUUGUUUGUGGAAAUGUAGAUAUCGUUGAAGGCGAACUUAUAAAUGCUGGAGUGUACACUAGUCUUUGGGAUGGUUUGAAUAAGAUGUGUACACAAUAUGAAACAUGUUUUAUUACACUUGGAGACAAUACUUGCGCUUUACUUAGUGAAGAUGGACAUUAUGCUAUUGUUGAUUCACAUGCUCGUUCUGCAGAUGGAAUGGUUGACCCAAACGGUAAAAGUGUAAUUCUAUACUUUAGUAGUCUUGACAAUGUUUUUAGAUAUAUUCUGAGGUUUGCCAGUAAAUUAAAUGGAACUCAGAAGUUGUUUGAGAUUAGUGGAGUUAACAUUGUUCAGAUGGACACAUUUAAAAAUGUUUCUGAACAAACAAGGUUGGCUCCAACAACAGGAAAGGAGGUUAGACGUGAAGAGUCAUUUACACUCUCGGAACCAAAAAAGUUACAGACAGAUGACAUUGACAUAAACCCUGUUGUUUUUGUUAGUGAUGUUAGCACUAAAGAUUUUCAUUUCAAUCCCAUUUCUAGAGACGUGUCACAGGUUUUAAGUAAACGUCUGAAUGUGAAGUCGGCAAUGGUUGAUGAAUCAUCUCGUGUGAUUGGUGAAUUGGGUGUACCAUGCAUGAAUAAAUCAAUAGUGGCAGAUGGAAACUGUUUUUUUAGAGCACUUAGUCAAGCUGUUUAUAGCACCCAGGAAUAUCAUAGAAAAAUCCGUCUUGCUUUGGUCAAUCAGUUAAAAAAGAAUCCUCAAACGUAUCAAACCAUUUUAAGAAGUGAGUAUUCCUCAGUUUCGCAGUACCUCACCUCGUCCAGGAUGCAAUACGUUGGCAGUUGGGCAACUGAAGUGGAAAUUCAAGCUGCUUCUGAUUAUUUUGGCAUUAACAUAUUUACUUACUAUAAUGAUAAAUGGCUUAAAUACACUUCCAACAGCAACUUUUCACAGCAGGCUGUUUAUUUGGAGAAUAUUAAUGGUAACCAUUAUGAGACAGUGGUUUGUGUAAAACAACCUAACACAGGAACUUGUUAUGGUUAUUGUGGCCCUGUAAAUAGUAUUUCUGGUAGAUACAAUACUCGACAUGCCCCUACAGAACAUUUAAAAUGUUCAGUAGAAACUGUGACACUUGAGCCGAGUUCCAUAGAUACAGAUGGUGUUAGUGUUGUUCAUUCAAAUACUUUAUUUACUCCUAUGUCUGCAGAUUUUUGUAAAACUCUGUGUAAUCGGUUGAAAAUAGAUUUUGAGAAACACAAUUCUCAAGAAUCCACAUCAGGUGGGCCUUUAGGAAAUGUGUGUAAGACAGAACAUAUUAUUGAAGAUGGUAACAGUUUUUUUAGAGCUGUAGCUCAUGUAAUUAGUGGGUCACAGAAGGGCCAUCGUAAGAUCAGACUCGCUGUUGUUUCUUAUAUGUCCAAAAAUGCUGAAGAGUGUGAGAAGUUUCUGGGAAAAGAACAUGCUUCUGUGUCAGAAUACAUAAAAAAGUCACAGAUGAAUUAUGUCGGUCACUGUGCUACAGAAGUAGAAUUUAGAACUACAGCCAGUGUUGUAGGAUUACCCAUAUUUAUCAACAAUGGCACAGAGUGGGUCAAAUAUAGUUCUCAAACUGGUAAUUUUGUCACUGAGGGACUAUAUUUGUCAAACUGUAAUAAUCAUUUUGAACCCGUUCUUUGCAUAAGACUGGGUAAUAAAGAAACAUGCUUUGGGUUUUGUAAAGUUGAUUCUUUGUCAGACAACGUAAACAAAUGCAGAAGAUCAACUAUGAUGCAGUUAAAUGCUGACCCAAACAUGGAAAAGAUGAAAAUGAGGAAGAGUUUUUCUAGAUAUUUAAAGCAAAAUAAGGCUUCUGCAGAAGCCUCUAAUUAUAAAACGAUAAGUGCAGUUAAAGACAAAAUAAAAAGUCAGAAAAAAAAUGCAUACAAGCAAAAUGCUGCUUACAGAAAAGAUAAAGUUAAAUGGAGGGCCAUUUUCAACUACCAUCAUAAUUUGGCUCACAAAGAUAAAGUUAAACAGAGGGCCAUUUUCAACUACCAUCAUAAUUUGGCUCACAAAGACAAAGUUAAACAGAGGGCCAUUUUCAACUACCAUCAUAAUUUGGCUCACAAAGACAAAGUUAAACAGAGGGCCGUUUUCAACUACCAUCAUAAUUUGGCUUAUCAAGAAAAGCUUAAACAGAUGAGUGUGUAUAAGUACCAUCAUAAUUUGGCUCAUCGAGACAAAAUGAAAGAGUUGAGUGGAAAGAAAUACCGUAAUGUUAAACAUAAGACAUGUUUAAUAGAAAGUAUCCAGCAUAAAAGAAUGCUGAUUAAAGUAAAUUCACAAAACUUUGAUUUUGUUGUAGAUCAGUUUUUAGAGAAGGUGAAAGAUGGACCUGAUUUUGUGUGUUGUGUCUGCUCACGUUUGUUGUUUAGACAUCAGGUCUUAAAUUGUAAUCAAGAAUACUAUAGAAAAACCAAAGAAAUGUCACUUAUAGCAGAUAAAUGUAUAAGUGACAAUCAUCUGCACAAAUGCAAUGAUGCCUGUAGAUUACCUUGCAAAUUUAAUUUAUGUAGAAAUAAACUGUACAUCUGUUACUCGUGCCAUUAUAAAAUGGGUAAAUGUCAGAUACCCCCAGAAAGUUCAAUCAACAGGCUGACUGUUGAUCCCAUCCCACCUCAACUGGCAUGUUUAAAUACAUUAGAGCAACAUUUAAUAGCGAUGAAUAUACCAUUUAUGAAAAUGUUGGCUCUGCCUAAAGGUGGUCAGAAUGGGAUUCAUGGCCCGAUAACUUGUAUACCUGCAAAUAUAGUGGAAACGUGCAGUUUGUUACCACGUACCAACAUGGAGGGGUCUUUAUUACCUGUAAAGUUAAAGCGUAAAUUGACAUAUAAAGGACACUAUGAUUAUCAGUAUGUCGACACACAGCAUGUUCAGGAAGCUCUUCAGUAUUUAAAACAUCAUAAUUUGCAUUACAAAGAUGUAGAGUUCAAUGAGUCUUGGAUUAACACAUUUACUCAGGAAGAUGAGUCAUCUGUCUUGGAAAAGGAUAGUGGUUCUAGUAAAGAUGAAGAUACUUGCAUAGAUGGAGAAGAUGAGUUAUUGCAUGACAGACAACAACACUGUAUGUUUCAGGACACCUGUCUCAUGCCAGUAGAUAUAGGACAAGAAGCAUUGGACCAGUAUGUAGAUAACAUAUUAAAUGUAGCUCCAGGUGAAGGUAACAAUCCAGUGAAAUUGCUUUCAGAUUUUACAAAUGAAGCAAAAUGUUUUCCCGUCUUAUUUCCUUCAGGAUCAAAUACUUACUAUGAAAGCAGACAGUUUCGUUUGACUCUGAAUCGGUAUUUCAACAACAGGCUUCUUCAUGUCGAUGGUCGAUUUGCUAACAAUGUAGAGUAUAUAUUUUUUGCACAGUACAUGUCUGAACUAGAGCAAGUUGUGUCCAAAGUUUCUAUAGCUUUGCGUAAAGGUAAAAGCGGUGAAUCUCAGAAGUUGGGUAAUUUGAUACAGGAUCAGGAUUCUUUAAAUAAGCUGUUAGAGUUUGAUGAUGGCUACCGGUUUCUUAAACCAAUUCGCGGCACACCUGCUUUUUGGCAAUCUGCUCAGCGAGACCUCCUGGCUUGUGUGAAAAUGUUGGGCAAACCUACUUGGUUCGCAUCAUUUUCGUCAGCAGAUUUGAGGUGGACUAACCUUCUUUAUAGUAUUUUGAAACAGGAAGGCAGAACAGAGACAGUUGAACAGCUGGAGUGGGCUGAUAAAUGUGACCUCCUACGUAGGAAUCCAGUAACUGCUGCCCGAAUGUUUGAUUUUAGAUGGCAUGUCUUCUUAAGGGAAGUGCUGAUGUCUCCUGCUAAUCCCAUUGGUAAAAUAGAAGAUUAUUAUUAUCGUGUUGAGUUCCAGCAGCGUGGUUCUCCUCACUGUCAUUGCCUUUUCUGGGUUUCUGGUGCUCCCAUUUUAGAUAAGAACACAGAUGAGGAAGUCACUGCAUUUGUUGAUGAAUAUGUCACAUGUGAACUUCCUUCUGAAGACAAUUCACUACAUGAAGUCGUCUCAUCUGUCCAGCAGCACUCCAAACGUCAUUCAAAGACUUGUAGAAAGAAAAAAACUGUUUGUCGUUUUAAUUUUCCACGACCCGCAUCUGUUAGAACUUUUAUUAGCCGCGGUGAAAAGUAUCAAGAUGCAGUGAAGACUUGCAAGUGUGAUAAAACAGAUAGCACUGUACAGUGUGCCUGUGCGUCUCAAGAUAAAGCACGUAAACAGGAAAUGGACAAAGAAGUAGCAAGUGCCAUUUUAACUAAAGUGAAGACUGCUAUUUCUAGUGAAGACUGUCCAUAUAACAGUGUAGAAGGUCUGUUUCAGGGCCUAGGUAUCAGUCAGGAACUAUUUGAAAUGGCAUAUAAACGAUUUAGUCGAAAUACACAUGUUGUUUUGAAAAGGGAAGUUAAUGAAAUCUGGAUUAAUCAGUAUAGCAAGUUGCUGUUAAAAGCUUGGAAUGCUAAUCUUGAUAUCCAGUAUUGCGUCGAUGCUUAUGCAUGCUGUGUAUACAUAAUAUCAUACAUGUCUAAAAGUGAACGGGAAAUUGGCCUUCUGCUUGCUAAUUCUCAAAGAGAAGCAGCCAAAGAUGGUAAUCUUAGUGCUAAAGAGGCCUUGAAGAGUCUUGGUAAUGUUUAUCUUCAUAAUCGGGAUGUUUGUGCGCAGGAAGCAGUCUACAGGCUAACUAACAUGCAUCUUAAGGAGUGUUCUAGGAAAGUUGUGUUUGUUCCCACCGGUGAUAAUAUAGUGAAAAUGAGUUUGCCUAUUUCUGUUUUGAGGCAAAAAGCAGCAUCACAGGAUCUCACUUCAGAUGACAUGUGGAUGACCGGAUUAGUUGAUCGUUAUAAGAAGAGGCCAAAUGAUGAUGUGUUCAAUGAUAUGUGCCUGGCUACGUUUGCAUCAGAAUAUCGUGUUUUGAGUAAAAACGAAAAAUGUAGAAAUCCUAUAAAGUUAAGUAAUGAUUUAGGAUUUGUUACAAAAAGAACUCGGACUAAACCAGCGGUUGUUCGUUACGCGCGUUUCUCUGAAACCAAAGACCCAGAGAAAUUUUUUCAAAGCAUGUUGCAGUUGUUUUUACCGUACCGCCAUGAUAGUCAGCUUAAGCUUAACUGUGAAACUUUUGAGGAAUUUUACAGAACUGGUUUAAUUAGAUUUUUUGAUAGAACAAACCACUCGGUAAAGGCUGUUGUAGAUUUAAAUCGGAGUAAAUUUGAGUUAGAAUCUGAUCAUUUGGAUGCUGUGAAUAAUAUAGUCAGUGAUGUAAUGUUAGAAGAUGCAUGGUGUGAGUUGUGUCCGGCAGUUGAAAUGGAACGUUUGGAAUGUGUUGAAAUACUGAAAGAAUCAGAACCAACAGUAAGUGACGAGGCAGAAGUAAUCCCAGAUUUGGCUCCAUGUUCAAACCAAACUGCACAUUUAGAGAAGAGAAACACGAUGAGUAGAGGUGAAGGUCUGGCAUUGAUUAGGUCUUUAAAUGAAAAACAGUUUUCUGUUUUUAAUCAAAUCAGGCAGUGGUGUGUAGAUAAAGUUAAUGGUAAUAACCCUGAACCACUGCAUGUUUUUGUUACAGGCGGGGCGGGCGUUGGGAAAAGUCAUUUAAUUCGAGCAAUAGAGUAUGAAACACAGAGAUUACUGUCACCAAGCUGUAGACAUCCUGAUAAUGUAUGUGUAGUAUUGACAGCUCCUACUGGGAUUGCAGCAUAUAAUUUAGGUGCAACAACAAUCCACACUACACUGUCUAUAGGAAAGGAUGUGCGCUUACCGUACACUCCUCUGGGUGAAGAAAAACUAAAUUCUUUACGUACAAAAUAUUGUGAUCUGCAGCUUCUUAUUAUUGAUGAAAUAUCAAUGGUCGAUCAUAACCUGUUGUCCUAUGUUCAUGGUAGAUUACGUCAGAUUAAACAAACGGGUGACUUUUCACCUUUUGGAAAUGUCAGUGUAGUGGCCGUUGGAGAUUUCUUCCAGCUACCUCCUGUUAAAGGGAAGCCACUCUAUUCUGAUGGUGUAGGUAGCAACUUAUGGUCAAGCCUAUUUAAAGUUGUACAGUUAACUGAAGUCGUUAGACAGAAAGAUGCUGUGUUUUCUGGACUGCUAAAUAGAAUCAGAACUCAUACAAAAGGUACACCAUUGUUACCUGAGGAUUUAAAGGUUUUAAAAACUUGUGAAACAGGUGAGGCGAGCUCAGCAUUGCACAUAUUUGCAACAAAUAAUCAAGUAAAUAAUCACAACAUCCAUCAGUUAUGUCACGUUUGUCCUGAUUACAUAUCAAUUACAGCCAAAGAUUAUGUUAAUGAUAAAAGAACAGGCAAACUGAAGUUGUUGGAAGGGAAUCAUGCCAGAGCUUCUAAUACUAACUUGUCAGAAGUGUUACAGUUGGGUAAGGGUGCGCGUGUAAUGUUGUGUAAAAAUGUGGAUGUCAUUGACGGUUUAGUAAACGGAGUUUGUGGUACUUUGAUGGAAAUUAAAAUGUUAGAAAAUGACACCUUUCCUAAAAAAGUUUAUGUUCAGUUUGAUGACCAUCGUGUCGGCUUGCAGAGGAGGAAAACCUCCCAGUCUCUGUCAUCAAAUUUAGCUGGAUCUACACCUAUUGAACCCGAGGAGGAAAGAGCCACUGUUAAAGGUGGAUUACGUCGACAAUUUCCUCUUAAAUUAGCUUGGGCGGUUACGGUUCAUAAAGUUCAGGGACUCACUCUUGAAAACGCCGUUGUUAGUUUUAGAAAAAUAUUUGCACCAGGUCAAGCAUAUGUAGCACUUAGCCGUGUAACAAGUCUUUCAGGACUCACAAUUCAGGACUUUGAUGAAAAACGAAUCUAUUGUAAAGAAGACAUUACAGUUGCAGUUAGUAAUAUGACACCUUUUUUGACUCCAAACUCACAGUUCGACAGAUUUAACUCUUCUGCAUUCACUGUGUUUUUAAUGAAUGUCCAAAGUCUGAAUCGACACGUUAAAGACUUGGCUUUCUGCACACAACAUUUGCAACCUAAUUGCAUUGCUGUCACAGAAACAUGGGUAUCUACAGACAGAUCAGAUGCAGUAAAGAUUGAUGGCUAUAGUUUUUACAACUGCCCACGAGGUUUAGCUUAUUCUAGUACCCAUGAGUCAUUGGUUGCUUUUCAAGAACAACAACAUGGUGGUGUUGGCUUUUAUACUGCAGAUGGUGUGGCAUUUAAAAUGUUGCAAGCUCCAGACGUCAACUUGGAGAGUUUAGUGUAUAACUUUGUUAACUUACACAUAGUACUUGGACUCAUUUAUCGACCUCCUUUGUAUCCCCUUUCUUUGUUUAAAGUAAAUUUAACAAAGUUGCUUGAUUGGCUGGAGCUACAAAGUGAGACAUUAGUGCUAAUGGGAGAUUUUAAUGAUGACAUUUUAAAAUCAUCAACAAUAUUAAAACUUUUGACUGACAGAGGCUAUGCCCAAAUAGUCAAACAGCCAACAACCGAAAAAGGCACUUUAAUAGAUCAUGUCUAUGUAAAAUCCAACAAGUAUAUAACAGAAGCAUCUGUUAUUCCAACAUAUUUUAGUGAUCAUCAGGGCAUCAUGUGUGAUUUUACACGGCUUUAGUUCAUCUCAUAAAACAG